AUGAAGUCCGCCACCGCCGCAGUCCUCAUCCUCAUCGUGAUCCCCGCCGCGCUCGCCUGUUGCAGGCAGAACACCCUCACCUCGUGCUGCGGCAAAGGCAAAUGCAACAUAUUCUGCUGCAACUGCGACGGAGGCUGCAAGCCCAAGGACCAAUGUUGGGGCAUCAGCCAGCCUAUCUGCUGGGCCGGUCCCAACAACGUGUACUGCGCGCGGUCCGUGGGCGCCGAAGCAUCGUCGAAGCCGUCCGACUUCCACGACGCGGCCGAGGGUUCGCUCGGGUCCAGCGUCGUCGGCCUUUCGGCGGAGGAGCGCCGCGCCGAGGACGUCAAGGUCUUCAACAAGGUCGACGUGGAUGGCAAGGGAUUCUUCACGUAUGGCGAGUUCCUGGGCUUUGCCGGCGAGCCGGACUCGGAGGCGCUCGAGGAGUAUUUUGCAAAGUUCGACAGAAACGGCGAUGGUGUUAUCAACGUCGAUGAGAUGCGUCUCGAGUAG